AUGUCUGCCUCUGAUCAUUGCUUGCAGGUUUUAUGGUUGGAAAGGAAGGUUUGUUCAAGAUCACCGAAGAGAAGGUUCUUGUUUGAGGCCAUGUGGUCUCGAGAUGAGCGGUGCAAGAAAGUUAUUGAGGAAGCAUGGGAUCCAUUAAGAGUAGACCCGAAUUUUCAGAUUCAUGAUAGACUAAGGAACUGUCAAACCCGCCUCCAAAGGUGGAACAGAGAAGUCUUCAAAAAUGUGAACAAAGUUUUAAAAGUGAGGCAAGAGCAUCUCCAAGAUCUUGAGGUCCUAAAUAUGCUACACAAAACUGCUAGUGAGAUUGAGAAACUCAGGAAAGAAAUCAAUGAAGCACUUACGCAGGAAGAAGUAAUGUGGAAUCAAAGGUCAAGGGCAUUGUGGAUGAAAUGUGGAGAUAGGAAUACUAAGUUCUUCCAUGCAAUGGCAACUCAAAGGCAGAGGCAUAACAUGAUUGAAGGCCUAUGGGGUGCGGAUGGGCAAUGGCAUGAGGAGAAAAGAAAAAAAAUUAAGGAGAUCAUUAUUUAUUACUUCAAAAACAUCUUUUAG